AUGCCAACCCUAAACCGGAGGCUGCUCACGUGGAGCGACUCCGACAGGGAGGACGACGACGGCGGUGGUGGCGGAACGGCGGACAUCCUCGUCGAGGAAGCACGGUAUGGCGACCUGUGCGCCAGCCUCGUGGAUGACGUGCUCGUCCAGGGGUCGGACGGUCAAUGCCGUCGCGGCGGAGUGAGUGCAACGCCGGCGUCCAGCACGCGCAAGGCUUGUUACGCGGCGGCAGGGUUCCUCGCCGUCGGUUGCCUCUGCGCUUACCUGUCCUGGAGGCAUAAGGUCGACUCCAAUGAAGUCGUGCUCAUCUUUAAUUCCCAGCAAAAUACUGUCGGUCCCAUCCUUGCUGCAGGCGGUCACGAUCUUACGGAAUUCCUUACGAGGAUUCUAUUUGAAAAGGGUUACCGCUUUACAACAACUGCAGAGCGUGAAAUUGCAAGGAACAUGAAAGAGAAGUUUGGAUAUAUGGCCCUUGAUUUCGAGCGGGAGGUGAACUCCUCGUCAGUUGAAGAGAGCUACCAUCUACCUGGCCAGCGGGCAAUCAGGAUUGGUGAUGAGAGGUUCAGGUGCUCCGAGGUCCUCUUCGACCCAUCCGUGAUUGGUAUGGAAGCUCGUGGAAUCCAUGAGGCAAGCUAUGAUGCGAUCAACAAGUGCGACGAGAAUGUCUGGCAGGACUUGUAUGCCAACAUUGUCCUCACCGGGGGUUCAACAAUGUUCCCCGGCAUGGCUGACCGUCUGAGCAAGGAGGUCACCGCCCUUGCUCCCGAGGACAUGAAGAUCUAGAUAAUUGCUCCACCUGAUCGGAACCGCAAUGCCUGGAUUGGAGGCUCCAUUCUUGCAUCCGUAAGCACUUUCCAACAGGUACAACUCAUUUUGCUUAACUUACAUAUUUCCAACUUUAGUUUGUGGGCUUCAAAUUAAGUCAUCGUCUGAAUUCCUUGUUAUCUACUCUAAUAUAUGUGGAAUCGUCGAUCGAGUACUCCGAGUAUGGCCAUUCAAUUGUCCACAUGAAGUGCUUGCAGUGACAUCCGUUGGUGACUCGUGUUUUCUUACGAAAAAAGUAAUGGUGCCACUUCCAUAUAUGUGUUUAUUAUUCUCAAAACAUAUGUGUGUGUUUAUUUUUCUCAACCAAAAAAAUAGUUUUGUUGUCGCCUGUCGUGAUAAGCGUGCAUGAGUCGUAUCAUGGGAUGGCAUGACUGUCUGGAUCAGGAGGCAAGAGUUGUUGGAGUUUCGUUCACGCACCCAUUGUUAAAUAGCGCAUGUAUUGUAUCUGUAACUCUUG